CAUAAUUUAACCUUGGUUUUCCUGAUUUGCAAACUGUAGGGAAAAUAAUGUCUUCUAACUUGCUGAAGUAUGCUGUAAAAGAAAAUGUGGUGGCUGUAAAAUGUGCUUUGGGAUUCUCGGAAGAAAGGAGUGCUAUAUUAAUUCAUGUUUUCAAGAAAUAAUGAAGAAAACAUCAAUAUAUCACCUACCAUCAUUUCAUUACUUGAUGGAUUCAGAAGCUCAAGAAGACACCAGAGAAGCCUAUGAUGACAAGCAGGUGGUCACAGAGAUCAUGGCAAGAUGUUUUAUUCCGACUCUAAUAACAACUACUUCCUGGGAAAGUUUUCAUUUUAUUGGUCAUGAGAUUCGAAUUACUGAGGCCAUGGAUUGUUAUGGUGCUGUUGUUUGGCCAUCGGCCCUUGUUCUAUGCUAUUUCCUGGAAACAAAUGCAAAGCAGUAUAAUAUGGUUGACAAAAACGUGAUUGAAAUUGGAGCUGGAACAGGGCUAGUCUCCAUUGUGGCAAGUUUACUUGGUGCUCACGUGACGGCCACAGAUUUACCCGAAUUACUUGGAAACCUGCAAUAUAAUAUUUCCCGAAACACCAAAAUGAAAAGCAAGCAUUUGCCUCAGGUUAAAGAACUCUCCUGGGGAGUAGCUUUAGAUACAAACUUCCCCAGGUCUUCUAAUAAUUUUGACUAUAUUUUGGCAGCGGACGUGGUCUACGCUCAUCCUUUCUUGGAAGAGCUCCUCAUUACCUUUGACCAUCUGUGCAAAGAAACCACCAUCAUCCUGUGGGCCAUGAAAUUCAGGUUGGAGAAGGAAAAUAAAUUCGUAGAUAGAUUUAAGGAGUUGUUUGACCUGGAGGAAAUUUCCAGUUUCCCUAGCCUGAAUAUUAAGUUGUAUAAAGCUGUGAAGAAAAACCGGAGGAGCGUAUGACAUCCUCAAUGAGGACGUGGAAAUGCUAAGGCAAUUUUUAGCAAAUAAUCACUUUAAAGAAAACCCUGAAUAACUUUAUGUGCCACUGAGUUUCCCA